AUGAUUGGGUCUAAAUCUUCGUUGCGCGCUGCAUUCCUGUCGCUGUUGGCUCUCAAUAGUUCAGGUGCAAUGGCAUAUCGCUGGUUCAACUGGCAAACCGAUGUUAGUUGCGAGGCCACGGGCUUCUUUGCACCACAAGAUGAAGCAGACCUUGUCAAUUUUGUCAAAACCAAGUACCCUGUGAAGGCUCACCUGAAACCCAUUGGUAACGGUCACGGUUUUGGCAACUUGACCACAUGUGUCAAUGAUGGGUCGACUGAACGGGACUCCUUCAUUCUCAGUCUUACCAAUCUGAAGAGCUUGACUAUCCACAAGAGCAACAACACAGUCACCAUUGGUGGUGGCUGGGAUCUUAUUGAUCUUAUUCCGGAGCUCCAUGAGAAUGGCCUUCAGGUGAACAACCUUGGUAGUGAAAUGGUACAGAACUACAUUGGUGCUGCUACUACUGGUACCCACGGAACUGGAAAGUCUAAUAAGAACCUAUCGACUCAAAUCAUCGGUUUGCGUGUGCUUGACGCAAAGGGAAACAUCCACCAUAUCGAUGAGCAACACAACCCCGAGCUUCUUAAGGCUUUCCGUGUCGGUAUUGGUGCCCUUGGUAUUAUUGUCGAGGUUACCCUCCAGGCUGAACCUCUCUCGUUCUUGAAGCGCACCUCCAAGGUCUUCCAGGGAUCUGAGAACAUCACAGAGCUCUACCAGCAAAUCGCAGAGAUUGGCCGCACACACGAGCAGAUUAACAUUCUGGGUCCCAACUACAAGUGGGAUCUGGAGACGGAAACUCUUGUGCCCCAGACCAACCUUACCCUGAUUUACUGGGAGGAGACCAACUACACUGGUGCUACCAACUGCUCUGUCGAUUUCUGCUCCAACGACUGUGGCCGCUGUGACCGUGAUUACAGCUGCUAUGACUACAAGAUGGAUGGUAUCGCCACUCCCCCACAGGGUAUCUGCUACCGCGGUUUCAUGGGACAGUUCGAACACUUCUUCCCCAUCGAAAACCUACCUGAGAUUGGUGUUGAAUACUCCAAUCAUGCCCUGAGCCAGGCUGACCGUAUGAAGCCCUACCAAAUCGAUGAUCCCAUCGACACUCACGACAAGGGAUACUCCAGUGCCGACGUGACUGUCAUCACUCGUUUCGUCAAGGGUGACGACACCUGGAUCUCCCCUGUCAACACCUACAACUUGGAUGAAAGCAACAGCGGUGUUUUUGCCACCUUGGAAUACUCCUGGGUCCCCUCAUAUAACAACUGGACCAUCCAGUACUUCUCUCAGGAGCUAUUGAAAGAGUUCAUCCCCACUUUCGGUGAGAAGUAUAAUGUCCGUCCUCACUGGAACAAGGGAUUGUACAACAACGACACUUACGCCGAGACUAUAUACCCCAACCUUCACAAGUGGCUCGCCAUUCAGGAGCACAUGGACCCUCACUGCCAGUUCGUCAACCCCUAUUUGGCUGAUCGUCUUGGAAUUGACCGCUGCAAACACCUGUUCUCCGAUGAGCUUCUCCAGGUCAUCUAA